AUGGACAAGUACAUCCAAUUCCCCUUCCUGCUUUGCUUGCUUAACAAAAUUACAGAUAUGUCUCCGGUCUCUGUGAGCAGUAGCUCCGGGAAGACACCUCACAAGACCACCAUUGUCCAUCUCCACACCUCUUAUGAUGGAAUUCCCCAACAACAAUUGCUUUCUAUUAGGCCUCACCAUAGUCUCCAAGCCGGUCUCCACUACACCACUAGCCUCAGUGCCUCUUUCCACAACACCACUAGUCUCCGUGCCUCUCUCCACCAUUACACUCUGAAAGUGCAGAAAAUGAAAUAUGUAGAGCAACAGACUGUGCAAAAUGCCUUUUAUCCACAACUCUAAGUCUACCAGAUCCUACAGUAAUCCAUCUGCCAUUCCUAGUAUGUCUCUGUGGCAGUGGCUUUGCAGUUUAUUCACCAGAUAAUUUAUAAAUCUCAGACUUCAAAAAUACAAUCUCCUGCCGCAAGAUAGAGAACUGUCUACAGAUUAGACAACAACCAAACCUCCAAAAAGUGGAACGUGAAACAAAUGCAUAGCAACUAUUACACUGAACUAAGUCUUCCAAUGAGGAGAAUGAUUUAAAUCAAACAAAUCUUAACUUUUUAUUUAUCCUCCUGAAUACCUCAGAUUACCUCCAGGUUAUCUCCAGAAUAUCUCCAAUGAGACACUUAGAAGCAACACUUACGUGAAGCAACCAAGCAUGAUGUUAUGUUUCGAAAGGAAUCUUGUGAAUAAUGUAAAGGCCCUGUCGUAUGUUUUGUGCAUGUUUUUUGACAGUGCCAAUUGGGAUAAUUGGAUGCCUGCUCUGUUGUAUAAUGGUGUCUAGUCCAGUAUUAGUUGUUGAAUUGUUGGAGUAGUUGUGGCUGUGAGCGCAGCUGACGGGAGUGCUUGAUGAAAUGCCUGAAAUUUAAAAGGAGACAAAUUGUCAGCAGCUGUGUUACAUAUACCUGGAACAUGGAAACAAUACUGUAAGAAAUUAUGACAAGCCGCCAACCAAGUGAGUUUCCUCAGAAAUCUCAUGUUCGUAAGGGAUUUGGAAUGACCUUUGUUUGAUGAUGUGACAGGUUGCGUGGUUAUCUGAGUAGCAACGUACUGGCAUGUUUGCCCAGAAAUAACCCCAUGCUACGGCAGCCGCCACGAUGGGAUAGAUCUCAAAGAGAGCUGAGGUAAUGGAAAAACCCUCCAAAUCCUGAACUGCUGUAGGCCAGCUGCCCCAAAGCCAUUCGUUCCCCAAAAUUGCUACAAAACCUUUGGUAGAUGCCGCAUCUUACCAAAUGGUAGGUGAUAAGUCAGUCAAUUGAGGGAGGAACAUACUUUUACCAUUCCAAGUGGUUAAACAUUUCUUCCACAUGCGGAAGUAUGCCGUAGCUUGAGUAUCUAAGGACAACCUGUGUGUGUCGUGUAGGAAGAGUGGAAAUAAAUACAAGAGUCGUGAUAUGAAGGAGCGGCCUUGAGGUAGGAUUCGCAUGGCAAAAUUUAGAGAACCCAGCAGGCUCUUUGCGGUUGCAAGUACCGAGCUGAAGGUAGUGGUUGAUGUAGGUCAAAAUGUUUCCUAUCGUGUUGUGUGGCAGGCUUGCUUGCAUCGUGGUUGAGUCUAAUUGAAUACCCAGGAAUGUGAUAACCGUGUCUGGCCCCUCGGUUUUCUUUGGGGAGAUUGGGACCCCUAGCUUUUCAAAUAGAUUGAUGGUAGCUUUGAGGCUACUGGGAGGGGAAGUGUUCUCCUCGACCAGUAAGAAUCAUGCAGAUAAUGUAAUACCGUAGGGCAUCUGGCUAUGUUCAAUAGUAACCAGCACAAUGCUUCGGCAAAUGUGUCAAAAACAGCCAGGCUACUUUUGGACCCAAAAGUUAAACGGGAGAAAAAAUAGUAGUUCCCGGACCACUUGAUGCCAUGCAGGUGCCACGGUGUAGGGUGGAUUGGAAGCAAUUUAAAGGCGUGAGUAAUAUCGGUCUUACUAAGCCAUGCUCCGACCCCUGCUUGUAUGAUAGCUGUAAUGGUGUGAUCUAUGGUAGUGUGUUGCAGGGAGAAUUCCUCGGAGGGUAUGAGGGAAUUGAGACUGGGGUUAGCCAAUGAGUGUGGUGCAGAAAGGUCAAUGAUGAGUCUCUGUUUAAGGGAAGAUUUCCCUGUGACAAUACCAAUGGGGUUAGUGUGCCAUUCUUUGAACGGAGGAGACUUGAAAGGCCCCAAUAAGAAACCCUCAGCAAUUUCUUGGGUUAUGAGAGUGUCAACAGCUGUGGGGUUGUGUUUUGCGAAUUGUAGAUUAGGGCAUUCCAGAAUCCCGGACGGUAUGUGUAGAAUACCUGUGUGGAAGCCUUCUGUUAAACCAGAGAUAAGGAAAUCUACCAAGUGUUUAGACGGGUGAUGUGACAGAAAUGCUGUAAAUACCGAAAUGUUAAUGGACGUUAGGUAAGGCUUAGAGUACAUUUUAUUUGGACACAUGGUUUUGGCAUGUGCCCUAAAACAUUUUAACGAGAUAUGCAAUAAUCUACAACCACUAUAAUUACAAGACCCAACAUUGAAAUUAUUACAUAUCUGGGACUUGCCCAGAAACUUGAUCAGGUGUCCAAGUUUGUCUCUCGUCAAUUUCUCUGGAACACCAGAGGAACUAGCUCCUUGCGUGGAGGCAUGUUCGUCUGCCGUGUUGGGACCGAAAUUUGUUGUAUGUGCCGUAGAGGAGCAGUAUGCACAAGCCGGUGUUCUUAGACCUGCAAAGUGUCUGCAAAAUAUGACGGUAUCGAUCCUUCCCCAGUUGGAUCUUGUUCCAUACUGGGAGAAGGCCCCAGAAAGAGAACUAUGGUAGUCAUAGAAGGCUGAUCCACCAUAUUUGUUGUCCAGGGCUACCAGCUUGUGCAUAUAAAGAUCAAACUCCUCUCAUCUAUUGGGAUAGACCACACAGAUGACAUCCCAGUAAAUACCAAAGGCCAGUACAAACUCGGGAAUAGUUAAUUUCCUGUUUAGGCAAGCAUCCCUAGAUCUGACCACAACAGACACAUCAUCAUAAGCAUAAGUCUUAUUCUCCACAAUAUCCUGGGAGGUAAUCAGCAGAGAAGCCAGGGUGACUUCUUUACCUUCCAGGAUAUCUCUUUUUAGGUGCUCAGGGAUCAUAUGAGCAGGGCUAACUUCCUGGUCCUCCUGGGUGAUGGCUGGAGCAACUAACAGCAAGUCGGCUGGUGCUGAGCAAGCAGCUGCGGGUGGCUCGGCUAGGGUAAGGGCCGUGGGGACCGACUCAAGUUUCUCCAGCCUGGAGUUGAACUUGCUCAUGGACGUCAUGAGUGAUGACAACAUGGAAUGUAUGUCUCCUGGGUUGGAUUGGCUGGGCCCUUCCCCGGAAUCCAUGUUGUUAGUCGAAGUACAUAGUAAUUUGAAAAGCUCUGCUUUCAUUGCUGUAGCGGGGUAGGGGAUUUGCCGCCUCUUCAAUUCAGUGGUUAUACGGGGGAUCUAGUUACCUCUCCUCCUUGUGUAGGAGUAAUUGCUCUAGCCGGAGUGCUAGGCAGGGAGAAAUCCUCUACCCCUUCCUGAAACAAAACAAUUAAUUAGUGUAUGAAAACCGACAAGAUCGUACUGGCAGGCUAGCUAAGUCGGAUGGCAAAACAUUAAACUUAUUUGGUGGCAGGUGAGGCCCUACUAGUUGCCAAGUGGCUUGAGAGGCUCUAUCUAUGCAUUGGCGCAAGGGGAUUCGAGGCUACCCGUCGAAGUGGCAGGAUUGUAGGCCUCUCGGUGACUGUAACACAGAAAAACAGGGAAAGGGAGUGACAGGUGAGGCCCUCUCUAUGCGACAUGCGAGGCGACUAGCUCACGUGUGGCCCGAUGGGUGUUUGCCUCCGAACGUUGAGGCGGGGUGUUUGCCUCGCGGGACCAUUUACCGAUGGCAAAUGCCAAGAAGGGGUAAAUACCUAUUUAGAAAACUGUGACCCUAUUGCCAGUACUCUAACCUGGGGGGGUGAAAUGUAUGUCAGAAUUCCAUAUGAGCAGGCGUACGUACCUGGUAGUAUGAAAUAUCUCACAGCGAAUUUGUGUGGUGAAAUAUAUAAACCUGGACAGCCUGAAACAGGUAAAAAGGUAAUAUAGUGAGUGUGGUCUGUGUGGGAAUGGUGUAGACUGUGUAGCCUGUACCAGAGUUGUUUUUUAAGGGUUUGAUUGUGGAGUUUUAAUUGGUAAAUGCCAGGAAAGUGCCCCUGCUGGUAAAAAGUAAUACAAUACGUCCGCAACCCUUAAGGACCAAUUCUUGUUGGACAAAUAUGAUACGGCCGCUGUCGCGAUGGGGUUAAACAUUUUUACAAUUUAAAAAGGCAUGCUAUAUUCUAUUCAAUUACACAAUAUUGGAAAGAUUUAAAAUAUUCAUAAUAAUCAAUUUUAAAGAGAAAGUCUGAAGAAUUUUUGAAUAUAGCAUCUAGCUGAAAAUGUAUCUUUAAACUGGCUCUGUCACUUAUCUGUUGGUCAUGCCUCAAAUUCCCUCCUUGUAUGCACCAUUGUUUGUUUGUUAAUAAAUAAAUAAAUGUUUAAAAAAUUCAAGUUAUACAUAAGGAAAAGUAGAGACUCUUUUUCCCAAUGCAGGACCAGCAAUUUGAUCAAUGGUGACAAAGGGCAGAGCUUUGGUCAAGCUCCAUGGCCUUCAACAACUCUGUAACUGGUCCUGGAUCCAUCUAGUCACUGGUCCUCUAAAUUGACUUGUGAGUGAUCGCACACAUGGAGUACUCUUUCUCCAGGUGCCGCCAUCGUAGAUAAUUGAAGUAGCAGUGCCUAAAUAGAAAACCCAGAGGGAAUGGCAAACUGUCAAAUGGUAAGUGAAGCCAGUACAUGGUCAAAAAGUAAUUUAGAUAACUGGUUAACUGAUUUCUCAGCUUUCAGCCAAAGGAAUCUUUCUUUAUUCUAUUAAAAUCUGAAUCCACUGACUCUGGCUAAAGACCAUUUUAGAGAGAUUUUUCAGAUUACCUCACACCCGCUGUAGCCACCACACACCAGACAGUGACCGGCCUCUCCUGAUGAUGUCAGAAGAAGAGGGAAUGGCUUCCACUGCUCUUCUCCUAGACUCCCAAGUAGUACUUAUAGAAGAGCAGUGAAAUUAACAAUCUCCUCCUUACAUCAUCAUAGAGGCUGGCCGACUUCUCUGGCUGCAAGCUCUAGCUCCUGUCCCACGCUACCACAAGGCAUAAGGUUUCCCCCUCCCUGGCCAAAGGUAUGCCUUUAGGGAGGGGGGAUUACAGUUUAGUUUUUUUUAAAUCAAAAUUAGUUUUUUUGUUUUUUUAAGCAGCCCCUGUACUCCAACUACAGCUCCUGUGCCCAUCCCCCUCCACAGCCCCUGUCCCUCUCCACUGCAGCCCCUAUCCUCCUCCUCCUCUACAACCCCUGUCCUCCUCCUCCACAGUCCCACUACAGGUCCUGUAGGUCCCCUUCUAAAGCCACUGUUUGUCAUAUUUUUAUAUCUCCUGUCCCACACUCUAUAGUCCUUGUUCCCUCCUCUAAAGGCUUUGCCCCCCUUCUCAACAGUCCCUGUCCACCCAUCACAGCCUCUGUAUCCACUACUACACAUCCCUCCAACUGCAGCCUCUAUUCUGCCACAUGCAGCCCUUAUCCCCUACUACAGCCCCUAACCCCACUUUUACACCUCAUACUCCUCUGUACAGCCCCUAUUCCCUUACUACAGUCCUUACCCCCACUACAACCCUGUAUCCUUCCCUAUAAAACCCUGUUCCCCCACCACAGCCCCAGCCUCACAAAUACCCCCAGCCUCACACAUACUCAAUACAAAAAUAUGAUAAUUUCAAAUAAACAAGCACUGCUCAUUGCUGAAUGCUACCUUGCAAUAAUGAGCAAAUAGUGUUAUGGUUGUCCCAGGCUAGCUAUGGGUUGGACCAUAGAAGGAUGCUCCUAGCACUCACCAAGAACCAUCAGCACCACAUCAGACACCAUAACCACCGCAGACCCCAUGAACCGCCGCAGCUUGGUUGGGGUCUCACCAUCUCCUACCAACCCUGGACCUACGACAAGGCUCCAGGUUCCAGCGGGUGAACCUCUCUUUCCCCAGAGAGUGAAUCAGGAACAGGAACAAGCUCUUACAAGAGCUAGGUGAAGCUAAGGGAGUAUGAAGAGCCCUGUAGUGAUUAUAGCUGUCCCCUCCAAACACGAGUCAAGGCUGCGAGUUGAGGGUCAAGUAGAACUGAAGGUUUAAUGUUACAGCUGCUUAUUUUAUAUAGUAUUUCCCCACAAGGUUACCACCCACGUGGACCUUGUGGGGCACAGGACAUGAAAUGCACAAUCCAAUAAAGUUUUACAUUUAAACACUCCCAGUUACUGUACACAAACCCUCCCCUCUGCCCGUGAUACAAUUAACAAAGACAAUGGACUAACUCAAUUAACUUUAGCAGAAGAAAAACACACAUUUUUACAAACUCCAAAAAGUACCCUCAAAAUACAACAUAUCCCCACAAAUUUCCUGGAAGUCUUUUUUUUGCCCCACCGUGCACAUGGUCCCAUGCCCAAAUCAGUUCCAUACACUCGACGACAAAACACUGCUGGACAAUUUAAGAUGGCCGCCACCACAUGUUUGAAUCUGUUCCAGUUAAAAGUCCAAGGGCCAGAAACAGUGCUUUAAAAACCAAUAUUUACAAAUAGAAUUUUAAAAUGACAAUACACCCCAGGGGCCAUAGUCACAGGGCAAGAGGCUGGCAAGCAGACCUCUCCAAAAGCCUGUGGCGAAGUGUAGUUCGUCACAAGUUGAUCCCCAGAUGGAAAAGCAUUGUGGGAGUUGUACAACAUAUGGUGAUCUACCUUUUGGCCAUUCGUUGCUGUAGGGGGGGAGCACAAACACAUUGUGCACAAGAGCCCUCUCUAUGUUAGAUCUGACACUGUUUUUAAGCUACUUUAUAUGGUUAUCAUCACAACUGAUCUGCACUAUACAUGUGUAUUAUAUAUUUUCUUUUUACAAUCAUUUGUACUUAUUGGAACAGUGUGAUAAUUUGGGAUAAUUAUUCUUAAAAUUAUGGUUUAAUAAAAUUAUAUAUUUUCUUAUCAAUAAACCUACAACAUGGGGCGUAACUGGACGUCGGAAGUAAUGGCAGCAUACUAAGAGAGCUCUGCUGUCUCGGGCUCUCACAACCCGGCUAAUACGAUUUUUUUUGGGUGCAGUCCCUGAUAGUAAAAACGAGGACUGAGAUGUCCCCGAACCGCACAAAAAAAACCAGUGGAGGAUAAAGACAAAGGUGCUUUCUUUGCGGCCAGGAUGACGCAGAACAAACAAGCCGAUAACCAGGCCCAAAGAUGGCGCCGACUCCGAUCCGGAUACAGACCGUAUGGGAUCGGCUGAGAAAAGAACAGACACCCUGCUCACACUUAACCUCCUGCAAACAAUGUUGGAUGCGGCGGUCACUAAAAUGAAGAUGACAAUUACAGCAGCUAUAGCUGACUUGAAAAAGGAUUUCACCGACCUGGAUGCUUGGACCACUCUGUAGGAUAUGAAUAUCCAUUUUGCUUAAUAUCCUAGCUGUUCAUAUAAGGGUUAAUUUGAACCAAGAAUAAAAUUGGAAUUGUACCUCCAAUUCUCGGAAAUAAAACUUAUCUAAAAUCCUAUUUACGGGAAAUGUUAUUGGAACAUGAUUUUGUUAUGUUCCUGGAAAAGGAUAUUUACAUGAUAUGUUCUUGGAUAAGGAUUCUGGAAUGUUCUUGUUAAUUGUCCAAGAUUUCGGUAUUUGUAAUCAUCUGGGUUUUAUCCAAUAUGCAUACAUUAUAUAACAUCGAAUUAUAACUAAAAACAGCUGUUUAUAACUUGUGAAAAAUAAACUAUGUCACAAUGCUCAAUGACCCCCACCGACAUGAAAAUGGAGUAUAAAUAUAACUGACGUAUCAAUUAAAAUUUGAAUUGGUUAUAGAACACAUCUCUUGUCUUCUUGACUGAUUCCCAGGAUCCUGUCUUACAAAGAGGGUGUGGCUCCGGCAAAAUAUCCAUCUUACAAAGAGGGUUUCGUGUAUAGCUGAUUUUAUCCCCUACAAACUGGUGUCAGAAGUUUUGGGGUGCAUUUGAACGGAACAAAAAAGAUCAGGUAAGAGGAUUAGGUGUCUAUUUGACCUUUGUUCUUUUACUUUUCUUUUUCCAUCCUUCAUACAUUGCAUAGCUACGUUUUUAUUAAAAGGGGAUUUUCUCUUUUAAGGAUUUUAUAUGGUUUCUCCUUGGGUAGGAGUAGAGCCUUUGUGUAUACUUGUCUAUGGGAGACGUCCCUAGACCCCUCUUUGGUAGAGGUUGCCUUUGGUAGGUUGUAAAACAGAUUUCCAGUCUUUGGUGGACUGUGGUAUUUAUUUAACAUAGUUGUUAAUUUGUCAGGCUAAAAUGGUUUAGAAAAAAAAAAAAAAUAAGAGACGGAAUUGUUAACUCUGUACUUGAUGGGUAUUUUGGCUGUCCUGCAACCUCUUUUUUGCAUGCAAUAUAUUUGUUGGCUUUUGUGUUUUUUUUAUAUAACUGUGCAAGGACUUGGAAUUUCUGGUUUUAAGCGAUACUGCUCAUGGAGAAGUAACAGUUUUGUGGGAACUUUUGAUUCCAGACAGCUGUUCUUUAACCACUGAAUAAUCAGCUAUUCCAAAUCCGAUUCUCAUUGAGUUUGAAAUGGGUGCUUCCCAGUCUAAAAAAUACCCUCGCCCUAAUCCAGGGAGACUUGCAAGCAGUAUGUUGCUAGAGUUGGUGAACUGGGGGAUUAUUUAGUGGAUCCUUGGGUGGACAAUAUGUCAGGGUGGACACAAGGACAGGGUAGUGAAACUCCCUUCCCUAAAGACGGGGCUAAUGAUGAUUAUUUUCUGAGUAUGGUUAAGGGAUUAUAUUUGGGAGAUAAUAAAUAUUUUCCUUGGUAUGAGGGAGAUCCAGGAUGGGACAAAGAAUACAUGAGACAGGGGGGUGAGAAUUGGCUUAAGAUUGCACCUCACUGGUACCCUGUUUCCCAAGAGGGGAAAAGGAUAAAAAAGAAUAAAAAGAAAAUUAAAGAGACUGUUGUUGAUACCUGCAAAUCACCGCCUCCUCCUAAUUACACUCCAUACUAUAGCCCACUAUAUCCCAGCCUGCCACCUAAAAAUGAUGAUGAUUUAGUUCUUGCUGUAGCAGUUGGAUCACAGAGAAUAGCCACUGCUCCAUUAAGUUCCCUUUCUACCUCUCCCCAAGAUGAGAAGAUUAAACAAAUCCAGCGAAGGUCCCCUAAGGGUAUCCAAACUAGGUAUAAGAAAAGGAUGGGGCUGGGUGUUAAAAGAACAGAUAAAGAUGAUGGGGAGGAAGAAGAGGAAGAAGAACUUGAUGAAUUAGACACACAACAGACAUAUCCUUUUCUGACUGUUGGAGAUCAAUUGAUUUUGAAACCUUUAACUCCAGGAGAAUUAAAGGACAUAAUUAAGGGAGCUCCAAAUCCUAGAACAAAUCCUUCUGCAUGUAUUAUGUAUUUGAAGAGAAUGUGACAAGGACAAAAUAUGACACAGAUUGACAUAAAGUUAAUUAUUGAUGGACUAUUAGAUUAUGACUCAGAAUCUGGGUGGGAAUGGAGUAGGGUGCCCACUGUCAGUGUUCCACUUGAUGGAACCACAGUGAGUACUUAUCCAUUAGCCACUGAAAAAGGGAGAGACAUUAUGUGGGAUGAAGUAAAAACAGAGAUGAUAAGAUUAUGGAAAGACAAGCAGUCUAUCUCCACUGCUUUGUCCUGUAAACAGGGCACAAAGGAGACAGUGACAGAAUUCACUAAAAGGUUUUAUAAAUGUUGGAAAGAUGAAGCUGGACUUGGUUCAGAGGAAAAUGGUAUGGGUUCUUUAAAAAUACAGACUUGCAUUGGGAAUAUGCUUCCAGCAUAUUCACUGCUAGUUAAACAGCUGAUUUCAGAGUGGUCAACUUUAACUCCAGUUAAAUUCUUGCAGAAAAUACACGAGAGAGAAGCAGCAGGUUGUUUUGCUAUAGGUAAAGAUGGAAAGAGUAUGUUGUAUCAGUCACAGGGUUUACAGCAUUGUGACCCUAAUCGUGCAAGACAGAGAAGUUUUGGAGGUGAUAGGAGAUUAAACCAAAGAGGAUUUAGGGGUCCAGGGGGAAGAGGACGUGGAGGAAAUAGGUCCCAACCAUUUAUUAAUAGAAAGACAUAUUGUUUUAACUGUGGACGGCAGGGACACUGGAUGAAUGAGUGCCUCAACCCUAUCAGACAACAGACUGGACAAGCCCCAGGUUACAGGGGUCGCCCAUGGAUACCCCAGCAGCCCCACUACCCCCCACAGCAUCGCUCUCCUGGCCCUAAUACUCCCUCUGGCCCUAAUACUUCCUCUGGCCCUAAUACUCCCUCUGGCCCUACCCAUCACAUUCAAUGGCCAUAGGGCUGCCCAGAAGGUAACACUCCAGCUUUUCCUGUAUUAUCCUCUAACUUUAUGGAACAACCCUUUAUAGUCCUCAAUGUGAAUGGGAGGGACAUGCCCUUUAUUGUAGACACGGGUGCUACCUGUUCCACCAUAUGUAUGGAUGUAUAUAGAGGUUCAAGGGAAAAGUCGACACCUUCUGUGGGAAUAAAUGGAGUGUUAACAAAAACCUUCAAAACUAUCCCUUUGGAAAUUAAAUUACCCCACUCCUCUAUUUCUCUACGCCACCAGUUUAGCCUAAUCCCAGGGUGCCCUGUUAGUCUCCUAGGGAGGGAUCUCCUUGGACUACUGGGUACAACUGUGGAUUUUUCCCCUGAGGGUGGUAAGGCAGUUUCCCUUACUGCCCCAUCCUCUGGAAUUUUUCUACAGAUGGACAUGGAUGAGGUCCCUGCUUCUGUAUGGGCUUCAUCCAAGCUAGAUGUAGGAUACAUAAAUUGUACCCCUUAUAAAGCAAAACUACGUCCAAAUGUCAGCCCAAUUUAUAUUAAACAGUAUCCCCUGUCACAGGAAAAGAAGGAUGGGAUCAGACCUAUGAUCCAGUCCUUCCUUCAACAGGGUAUACUAAGGCCUGUAGUCUCCCCUUAUAACUCCCCUAUUAACCCGGUCCCUAAUGCUACCAAGGACUACAGAUUUGUUCAAGACCUUAGGGCCAUUAAUAAUUUAAUUAUUCCAAUAGCCCCCAUUGUCCCUGAUGUUAACACUCUGAUAACAGCCAUUCCUCAUGAAGCUAAGUAUUUUACAGUCAUUAAUUGUAGCCCACAUACUACACCUACUGUUCAUAAUUAUUCCCAUAUUCCAAUACCCUCAUCAUGUGUUGGUUCAAUAUUUUAUUAUUUGCAAAAUACUAAUGUUUCUCUAGAUCAAGACAAUCCUGUUCCCCUUACUUCUAUCACUCCUGAUAAUGUUCAUAGCAUGUAUAAUACCACAUGGCCUAGAGGAUACGUCCGUAUCAUAUAUAAUAGGAGUAGAAUAGAGAACAGAGGUUGGUUCGCUGUUUUAUUAUAUUGUAGCCCACAUACUACACCUACUGUUCAUAAUUAUUCCCAUAUUCCAAUACCCUCAUCAUGUGUAAACACUACUAUAAUUCAGAAGGCUGUACACAUAACACUAAAUAUAUUUACACCUGAUGCACGAUUAUGUAAUCCACUACCUAAUAGAGAGAAGAGAGAAUGGUACGAUACCAUCUUAGGGGGUACGGGAACAGCUAUGGGAAUAUUAAAUGGUGUAGACAUGGAAAUACUAAAGAAUAAGUUAUCCACGGCAGGGAAAGAAUUAGGGAUAGGAUUCCAUGUAAUGGCUAAAUGGACCCCUACAAUCACAAUGGAAGGAAUUACAACUAGAACAAUCUAUGUACACCUAUCUGGGUAAUCUAACAUAUGCUAUUACUACCUAACAAAAAGAAGCACUGACUGGACCUUAUGUGCCACUAGAGUUUUAUGGAUGCAUCAACAGAGGUUAAGACUUGAGAAUACUCUCAUGGUACCUAAAAUACAGAAAGUCAGAGAAAUGAUGGAAUUGACUGACAACUACUGGAUUAGUUUAAGGUCAAAUGAUGUAUAUUGUGAAGAAUCGGUAGAAGACGAGAUAUCGAAUUAUUCAUGUAGGGUUGGAUUUACGUUAUAUGAAGUUGCUCCAACCCAUAUAAAACUAGCAUGUAAGUUCUUCACUUUACCUACACCUAUGUUUAAUAUAAUUAAUGAUAAUCUUACUUGGUGGAAUCCAACUUUUACAGGAGAAUAUAUAUUCCCCAAGGAUAAUAAAACAUAUUCAUUAGAACACUGUGACAAGGCAGAUAAAGGUUAUACAUGCAGACAUUCCUCACCCAUCUAUGAACCAUGCUUAUUAGCUAAUCAAAUAAGUAGUUGUACUUGGCAUGUAUAUCCAUCAGAUUAUUCAGUUAUGUUAGAAAUAGAACCACAAAUAGUGUGCCUAGCUACCAACCAACCUGUCAAUAUUCCCGAAGUUGAUAAACAUUUACCCUUUGUGGGAUGUACAUCAAAUGCAACCUGGAUAAAAUGGAAAGAUCAUACUUAUUUCCUGCAACCUAUUCCUAGUAUAUACAGAUCCAAAAUAUAUAUUACACCCGCGUUACCUAUCGUUGAUUAUCAACUUCCUACAGGAAUAAUAAUUAAUUUACUAAAAGGAAAAGGAGAUAUGUUUAAACAUUUGAAAGCACAUAAAGAUGCCUUAGUACAUACUGAAAUAUCCACCCACAUAGUUGAAAGGGAAUUAAUUAAAGUUAGUUAUAAAAUCCAGGAAAAUUUUGCUCAUCAUUGGCAUGAUGCCCUCACAGGUUGGUCCCCUACUGGCGCACAAGUUGUAAGGUCCUUUUUCUACCCUCUUGUCAUCAUUGUGAUAAUACUUGCAAUAAUGAUAUUGUUUAAUUGUUAUCUAACUUGCACACUUAAGAAACGUGUACAACAGAUGAUUACAGAAGCUGAAAAUCGACAGCUCGAUCUCCUCUUAAAGGGAAAACCUACGGCACAGAGCAAAGGGGGAAAUCGAGGUGAAGAAAUAAUGAAAGUCCCGCAGACGUGAUUAGCACGUCUGAAUAUACCUCCUUUCGUUUCUCUGCCGCAGGCCUCCCAUGGAUAUUCCGUAAGGUAGAUCACGAUAUGAUCUAAAGAGAAGAAUUGUAGGAUAUGAAUAUCCAUUUUGCUUAAUAUCCUAGCUGUUCAUAUAAGGGUUAAUUUGAACCAAGAAUAAAUUUGGAAUUGUACCUCCAAUUCUCGGAAAUAAAAUUUAUCUAAAAUCCUAUUUACGUGAAAUGUUAUUGGAACAUGAUUUUGUUAUGUUCCUGGAAAAGGAUAUUUACAUGACAUGAUAAGGAUUCUGGAAUGUCCUUGUUAAUUGUCCAAGAUUUCGGUAUUUGUAAUCAUCUGGGUUUUAUCCAAUAUGCAUACAUUAUAUAACAUCGAAUUAUAACUAAAAACAGCUGUUUAUAACUUGUGAAAAAUAAACUAUGUCACAAUGCUCAAUGACCCCCACCGACAUGAAAAUGGGGUAUAAAUAUAACUGACGUAUCAAUUAAAAUUUGAAUUGGUUAUAGAACACAUCUCUUGUCUCCUUGACUGACAUCCUGUCUUACAAAGAGGGUGUGGCUCCGGCAAAAUAUCCAUCUUACAAAGAGGGUUUCGUGUAUAGCUGAUUUUAUCCCCUACACGCUCAUCUGGAGGAAAAGGUAGAAGAUAUUACCGCUGCCCACAUAGCUAUGGGGGACAGACUGGGCACAUUAGAAGACAGAAUAUCUCUGCACGAAUCCAAACUUACGGACAUGGAGGACAGAUCCCGCCGUAAUAACAUUAGAAUGCGUGGAGUACCAGAAGAGGUGGGAGUGCAGGAUCUAGCGGCCUUUACGACUGAACUAUUCCAGGCCAUCUUGCCAGACAUACCAUCAGACAUGUUUCUACCUGAUCGUAUACACAAAAAUAUUAAAAAUAUCGUGUACACAAAAUAUUACAACGCACCAAACAGGAGAGCAUUAUGCUAUCCCUUGAUGCCGAAAAGGCGUUUGAUCGCCUGAACUGGCACUUCCUCCAUGAAACCUUACUGGCCUACGGAUUUCCAUCCUCUUUUCUUUCUACAGUUAAAACUCUGUACAGUCUACCCACAGCAACAGUGUUGAAUUCAGAGUUUUGCUCGCAGGCCUUCCCAAUUACAAACAGGCACUAGAACCUCUUGCUAUAUCUAUACGGAGCAAUGAUAACAUUCAUGGUGUGUUGGUGGGCAACUGUCACUUAUUCAUCCGCUUAUAAAAAUGUGUUUAAUGACAUUUACUGUCCACACAGGAAAAGUUGCGCCGAGCAGCAACCAAAUCCAAAGAAGGGUUAAUGCUGAGCAGCAAUUAUGUACUUCUUGGGUCAAAGGCCAGUUACAGCCUAUCAGAUCUAGAGGAGGGGUAUUUAGGCCCAGUUCUCAUCCUGCUCAGUGCCCUGUCAUGGUUUCCCUUGUGGUUGUCCGAGAGUGCGUUAUUGAUUCUGGUAAUUCUGGUUAUUUGACUUUGGCAUUGUUUUUGACUUCCCUAUUUUCUGGCAUCCCUGACUCCUGGCUUUUCCUUAUCACUGUGUCUCUUUCUGUUUCCCUUGACCUCGGCUAUUCCUGACUAUUCUUUGGUACGUUAGUCCAGCCAUUCUAAGGUCCAGUAUAUGUCACCUAUCAGUCCUCUGUGUUAUACAAUUCUACGUGCUGGCUCAUUCUGUAAUCCUGACAGCAACAAGGAAUACAAACUCAGUUUGCCGAUGACAUCCUUCUUACAAUUACACAACCAUUAAUAACACUCCCCUCCUUACAUAAAGAAAUGCAAGUAUACAACCAACAGUCAUAUUACAAACGUAACAAAACGCAAGCAAUGUCCCCAAACCUAUAGAAGAAAGAUUAAAGGCAAGCUAUCGUUUUGAUUGGAGAGAGGAUCACCUAGUAUACCUAGGUAUUUAAAUAACCCAUAAAGAUAAUGAACUCUUCCCAACUAACUAUACGAAGUUACUGAAAAAAAUCAACAGUCAAUUACACUCCUGGAAGAACUUGUUCCUGUCUUGGGUAAGCAGAAUAGCAGCGCUCAAGAUAUCAAUCUUACCUAAGAUUCUAUAUUUCUUCAGAUCCCUGCAUAUCAAGCUCCCACAAAGUUACAUAGCGAGUCUCCAAGCAACUAUCUUACAUUUCAGCUGGGGUGGUAAACAUCCACGAGUCCCCAAAACGUUACUUUUGAGAAAUGUGAAGAAUGGAGGAAUGAGAGCGUACUACUACUCUGCCAUCCUCACGAAUGUCAUCAGUGCCCACUCGACAAGCUACAUCCCUCAAUGGGUGGCAAUAGAGAGUAAUGGCUGUGUAACACAUGACCUGUCGACAACACUUUGGAAACCUCAGUAUCUGAGACAAGCAUGGCCAAACAUGCUGUCCACCACUAGACAUCUCCUUAAAAUAUGGGAUACCUGCAGAGAUAAAUUAUGUUCGGCAUACCCCUGGGCCCUAGUGACCCCAAUCAAAACCUAAUUUCAUUGUAAUGGUACUUUCCCAUACCAGAAAUGGGAAAAAGCAGGAAUCACACACCUAUUUCACCUAUGCACCACAGAGGGACUCAAACCCUUCCAGGAUCUGCAAGAGGAAUUCAUACUACCUUUGAACUUUACAUUCGCAUAUCUCCAAAUUAAAGCAAUUGUAAUUUUCGACAAGACCUAUACAAUGAAAAAAACGUUACAAUCCUCCAUAACGAAGUUUGAAGCACAAUAUCUAUCGUUGUGCCCCCCAAAAAAGACUUUCCUAUUUGCUAUCAAAGCCUCACUAACAAAGCUUCCUAACUUAGACCUAACUCUAGUCCCGUACACCUAGGUAAGGAGAGAUGCCUCCGCAUCAGAUAACCACACUGAUCAAAACAAAGACAUUUGUGACUUCAGUCCACCCUGUCAGCACGACACUACAGAACACCCCAAUACUGGUUUUGGUAUGGAAUACACCAGAGGACCAUUAUUCCGGUACCACACUCCCCUUAUUAUAACCUUCCCGCCCCCACCUUCCCACAUGCCCAAAAGUGUUUUUUUUUUCUUCUUCCCCUUGUACGUCAAAAUAGGUUCAGAUAUAGAAUGAGAUCAUUACUCUGAAUAACAAAAUAGAUCCCUGAAGCUCAGGGAUAACUUUCAGCACAUACGAAACAGAGAUAAACAUAUCCCCCAAGAAAGUGUCCAAAUAGAUUUACACUCUACCCCACAUAUCUAAGUUAUUUGCCCCCUACUAUAGGACUAUUUGACAGCACAGGGCGACUCCAGACAGAGACACCCCCCAUAAUAACAGGACAAAGCAAAGGACAUAACAAAUGAUUCCAAAUGUCUGAGCGACUUAGGGAUGGAGUGUACCAACUGAGUAAUGUAACCUAUAAUACAAUGAGACUAAAAGGUAUAUAACCCAUGGUAUGUACUGUGAUCAACGAACCUUUUGAUGACCCCCCUCCCUUCUUACCUUUUGUAUCCCCUUGUUAUUUAAAAACAAUAAAAAGUAAAUUGUAAAAAAUAAACCUACAACAUAAUGGUAGAUAGUGUUGCAUUCAGUCAUUAUUUGUUAGUAAAUAACUUGAAAGUAAAUAUAACAUUUAGUAUCUUUCACUUCAUGUACACAGGGGUCCAUCCUGUCUCUGUAUAAUACUAGUCCCCUUUGUCUCAAAGCAAAAUGACAUCAUACCUAGCUUCUAGAAGGUAUAAAGUCUCGGUUGCAGAUAUUCAGUGUUCUGUGUUCAUGAAAUCUGUGAGAAAUCAGUGGAGAACAAUACAGCUUUGAUGUGCAACUGAGAAUUUAAUCUAUUAUUAAAAUUGAAAUUUUUAGGUGUAAUGGACCCACUCAAAAUGGUAAGUUCAGGAAAUGUCCACCAAGAUAUUUAUUUGAAAAUGACAUGGAAAUUGAAAGAUGUCAGAAUCAAAUUUUAUUUUGUGUUAAUUAUUCUAAUUUCCAUUUACUUUUUUAGGUAGAGUUCACAGUAGAUAAUUGUAAUAGUCACAGCACAUUGUAAAAUGCAACAAUAGCAACACAUUUAAAAACACACAAACCGCUCUGCAUACACAAUAACAGAAAAGCAAUGUACUAAAAAAAAUAAAAUAGAUAAAAUUAAUAUAUAUAUAUAUAUAUAUAUAUAGAAUGUUCAGUAUUUUUCUAUUUAAGUGUCUAGCUGAUUUAUUCCAGCAAAGAUAUUAGAUUAGAUCACCCUGGCUCUGUAACCCAAUCCUAGUUCAUCAGGAUUUGUGGUACUUAACCCUUAAGGACAGCAGGCAUUUUUGGGGUGGCUAAAAACACCAGAGGGAGGAAUAGAACAUCCCAGCCAUCCGUGGCACUUACCGGGUCCUUGUCGAUCCCACGCCGGCUUUUGCAAUCCUGGGGUCUGUCAGGGAGCUCAGGCAGCCCCCCUCUGACCGAUCCGGCCCUCCCAGGCCAUGUGAUCAUGAUCACAUGGCCGGAAUAACCGGCUUAUGCAGUGCCUACAGGGGGACUGCCUGAAUUCUCAGGCUGUGCCCCUGGAUCCUGAAAAAAGUUUUUCAAAAUUAGUAAAAGUUAAAUAAAAGUUUAUAAAGUACAUAUAGUUAAAUAUAUACAUAUGUACAUAUAUAUAUAAAUAUGUUUUGUCCUGAUGAAAGCUCCAUGUGGGACCUGAAACGUUGACUUUUUAAAUGGAUUGAAUAAAAGUUAAAUUUGAUUUGCAAAUCUCUAUAAAGUCCUUUCUGCGGUCAUUUCUGCUAUGUCCAUAUGUACAUAUUCUACGUACUUUAUAAACUUUUGUUUAACUUUUACUAAUUUUUAUAUAUAUUACAAAAUAUAUAUAAUCUAAGUACUUUUAUAUACACAUACAUAAUCCAUUAUUCUAAGUGUAUUUUAAUAUUAAUAUAUAUAGCCAUAUAUUUAUUAAUAUUAAAAUGCACUUAGAAUGACAUUCAUUUUAUAUACCGUAUAUACUCGAGUAUAAGUUGAGUUUUUCAGCACAUUUUUUGUGCUGAAAAACCCCAACUCGACUUAUACUCGAGUCAAUGUCUGUAUCAUGGCAACUUACAUUGCCAUAAUACAGACCAGGACCGCUGGGUUCAUUACAAGCCCGGCGAUCCUGUUACCUUCACAGCAGCUCCUGUCAGCUCCCUUCUCUCUCCUCGGUCAGAUCCCUUAUAAGUCUCGUGAGAGCCGCGGGGUCAGAGCGUUGCCACGGGUUACCCUCGACCGCGAGACUUACACUGGAGGAGAAGGGAGCUGACCGAGGAGAGAAGGGAACUGACAGGAGCUGCUGUGAAGGUAAGUAACAGCUCUCUGCCAGCCCCCCUCCUACAUAGGCCAUCCACCAACGAAACAAAAAAAUAAAAUAAAAAUUUAAAUAAUAAAAAAAUAAAAUAUUAAUAAUAUAAAAAUAAAAAUAAAAAAAAUAAUAAUAUAAUGUGACCGAUCCAUCUGUAUAGACUGGGAUUGCUGGUUCAUCUGUUUUGCCUCUUUUCGUGGAAUUACCUGUCCGUAUGCCCCUGCUCGUUUAUUUGUCUUUUCUACCGAACAAAACUACUGAACGGACGGCCACCCAGAAGAGAAGUGUGCUGCUGGUUAACCUCUUGAUCCCAAUUAGAAUGUUGUGGUUAACCGCAGACACCUUUCAAUUAAAACCGAAUACAGGGUGGUCGUCUUUCGUAUGUUGACCACGAGGCGUCGACCAUUUUAAAACAGGCGAAAGACCAGCGAUGUUUGGCACAGAUUCUAUGGAACUGAAAAUGGACACUUUUUCCGCCGAACACCGCUAAAGCCACCGACCUCCCUUCUCGAUCGACAAAAGCAUAUGAACACCAGCCGUUCAGGAGUUUGAACCGCACAAAUGGACUUAACCCAGAUAGCCUUCCCAUGGAGUCAAUCGCAUACCGAAAGACUGUAAUAGACUUUGACUCCAUGGCGAUUGAACUGUGCGUAUGGGAUCUGAGCGCUAUUCGCCAAUAAUAUGCACUCAGAUCCAGGCUAUCUGGGGAUAUGUUACACAAAUGAGAAAUGUUCGGCAAUUGUAAAGUUACAUAUUUUUAUGUGUUUUUUGGGUUGUAUCUAAAAUGGUCAUUUGUCUCUGUCCUGGGAGAUAAUUGAAUUACUUCUCAAUUAUCUCUAGGGCAGAGGGGAGGAAACCAUGAUGCAUGCUGGGAAUAUUAUGUGCCUGUGUGUCCUGAAAUACUGUAUGUGCAUCUGCCAUUACAGUCUCCCAUUUGGUCCCCUAGUGGAGUGUCCACCAAGUGGGAGACCUGCAUAAAUACGGGCGGGUAGCCCACAGUAAACCCAGUUCAUGUUUAGCCUCAAUGCGGAGCUUGGUAUCGUUAUUGGAGGGGAAUUUACUACACGAAUAGCGACUGCCGGAUGGAAGUAUUAGCCGCUUGGGAGAUAUAUGAUUUUGGCUAUUAGCGGUGAUUCGUGAGUUUGCUGAUUGGGAAGUGAAGUACCCGUACGGGUCCCGUUUGGGUCCCGCUAAACGGCGGUUUGUCUAUUUGAUGCUGAGGGUGCUGUUACAUAUAACUAAAACAUUAAUAUUAAAAUAAUAAUAAUAAUUAAAAAGUAAUAAUAAAAAAGCCCACCCCCCACCAAGGCUCUGCAUCACAUACACAAACACACAGUGCAUUCAUACACACAAACACUGCACUCAUACACACACACUGCACUCAUACACAAACUGCAUUCAAACACACACACUGAACUCAUACACAGACUGCACUCAUACACACACUGCAUUCAUACACACACAUUGCAUUCAUACACACACUGCACUCAUAGACACACACUGCAUUCAUACACACACAUUGCAUUCAUACAUGCACACACUGCAUUCAAACACACACACAAACACACUGCAUUCAUUAUAUACAUUGUACAACGCUACGGAAUUUGUUGGCGCUAUAUAAAUAAUAAAAUAAUAAUAAUAAUAAUAUACACACACUGUAAAUAAAUAUUCAAUUAAUAUAAUUUUUGGGGGAUAUAAUUUUAUUUCGAAAUUUACCAGUAGCUGCUGCAUCUCCCACCCUAGGCUUAUACUCGAGUCAAUAAGUUUUCCCAGUUUUGGGGGGUAAAAUUAGGGGUCUCGACAUAUAUUCGGGUCGACUUAUACUCGAGUAUAUACGGGUAUAUGUUUAUAAAUACAUGUAUAAUAAAAUCAAUAAAUUAAAAAAACUAAUCGAUAAAAAAAAAAGUAUAUGCUUGUUUAACCCCUCAGUGACCAUUUUUCAAUUUUCUUACUUUUAAGGACUAGGGCUAUUUUGACAUUUCUGUGGUGUUUGUGUUUAUCUGUCAUUUUCCUCAAACUCAUUUACUGUACCCACACAUAUUAUAUCCAUUUUUUUGCCAUUAAUUGGUCUUUCUAAAGAUACCAUAAUUUUUAUCAUAUCAUAUAAUUUACUAUAAAAAAAUAUAAAAUGAUGAAAAUAUUUAAAAGAACAAACAAAAAACCCACUUUUUCUAACUUUGAUCCCCAAAAUUUGCUACGCAUCUACAACUGCCCAAAAAUGCCCAUGCUAAAUAGUUUUUAAGUUUUGUCCUGAGUUUAGAAAUACCUAAUGUUAACAUGUUCUUAGCUUUUUUAUUGGCAAGUUAUAGGGCAAAAAAAUACAAGUAGCACUUUGUUAUUUCCAAACCAUUUUUCACCCCCUCAAAAUUAAUUUUACAUUGUUACAUUGUAACAAUGAUUUCUGUGAGGAAUUCAAAACAAACAUUAAUUGAUGAUUGUUUUGACACACAUAGAAAUUUAAGAAUACAUGUACUUUAAGGGUUACUAUCAAAGAACACUUCAAUAAGUGUUCAGCAACAUGCCCUGAAUACAGUGAUACCACCCAUGUAUAGGUGUGUCGGGUUCUUUGGGGGCUAAAAGACUUUAUUUGGAGGGUGCACAUUCCGGUUUUCCAACAAGAAAUUUUCACAUCUGGUUAUCAUUCACCCAUGUCCUAUUUGGAAAUUUUUGAAGCCGACCAAUGUAAUUUACUCCCAUCAAACCAUAUUUUUUUCAAAAGUAGACACCCUAGGGUAUUUCAAAUAGUGGAAUUUUAACACUUCCCACUAAUUCUACCACCAAUCUUUCUCAAACUUUUGGGUAGUCAUUUUUUGUGUGUAUUUCUCUCACAUUUUACCUUAGGCAUUGAUUCUCAAUUCCAGUGUGUGUUAUUGAAAAAUACCCCAAUAUGUGUUCAGCAACAUCUCCUAAGUACAGUGAUACCACCUAUGCAUAGGUUUGUUGGGUUGUUUGCGGGGUGCAAUGCCAAACAUCUGACGUGUGUUUUUCAAAUUUUACAUAUCUUCUUUGCCUCUCUUCUUUUUGGGGGCCUUUUUACAUAUCCCAAUUUAUUUUCUUGCCAUGAACGUGCAUAUAUUUGAAAAGUUAACACCCCAAGGUAUUGUAUAUGGAGUGUUUGAUGUUUUUGAUGCACCCAUUUUAGCCAAAAUUGGAGAAAGUGUGUGGUGGUAAUUUUUAAAUGGGUUGUGGGUUGCAAUCUGUAUUUAGUAAAUUGCAACCUUUUUGUACCAGGUCUUUGUCUUUCUUAUAAUUAGGUAAGGCUGCAGCAGCAGAUCUGCCAGAUCAACCCCACCCAUAUGCCGGUUAUAGGCCUUGAUGCACACUGACUUCCUUGUGCUCUCAGCUCUGCCACGUACAGAGACCUCCACAGUCCUCUCAGUGUGGAUGGUGGUAAGAAGAUACACAUCCUUCUUGUCUUUGUACUUAACUUCCAGCAGCUCCUCUUGGCGCAGAGCUGAGGUCUCCCCCCUUCGUAGCCGGAUGCAAGUUGUCCUGGGUAACCUGCGUGGUUCUUUCUGAUUGUAUCGCAAGCUACUGUAUCAAAACAAUACAGUAGCUUGAACAAAGGGACACUUGUAUAAAAAUUGUCUAUAUACAAGUGGUACCCUUUGUUCAUCAGGGGGAAUAUCAGGUCCCAGACAAUCUUGCCACUGGUUCCCUUAUGCUAUGGGUAACCUGGAGCGUCAAGGUGGCUAUCCUUUCCCUCGUACACCCAGAAGACCUGAUCAUACCCAGUCUCGUUAUCACAGAGCUUAUACAUCUUUGCAUCAUACAUGGAGUGCUUCAAAGAAAUAUACUGCUUGAAUCCCAGCCUUCCCUUAUACUUCAUCAGGGAUUCAUCCAUAUAUUCCUUCCAGGUGUAUAAGCCUCUGCAAACCUGGCAUCGAAGUGGAUAAUCAGGGGGUGGAUUUUAUACAGCCCAAAUUGAGGAUGCUCCAUAGGGGGGCAUGGGUUAUUGUCGCUGAAGUGCAUGAAAUGUAGAAUUAUUUCAUACCUCUUCCUCGACAAUCACUGGGAGUAAAUGGGGGUAGAGCAGAUGGGGCUACUGCUCCAGUAGGAGCGGAUGAAGGGCUUCUUUAUGAUGCCCAUCAGCAUAGUCUAUGCCCAGAAUUUUUAAAAUUCGAUGGGGACCCAUUGCUGCUUUGCCAAAAACGAUUCAGGCUUUGAAGAAGGGGCAUAUAAAUUAGUUUGGGCAACAAUGUUCCCCAAUAUCUCAUCGCCCAGAAACACCUCCAUAAACUGUUGGGGGCUAAAUCCUGCAACAUCCACAUUGAUUCCAGGAUUUGCGGUGAAGGGUAUGAUAUCUGGUCUCUGGUGAUGAGGCACUACCCACUCCUCAGCAGUACUGCCAGCAGGAGCAGCACGUCUCCUUCUGGCAGGGGGCCUGGCAGCCACAGAAACAUCACUAGAUACAUCACUAGCAACAGUGAUGUAUCUGAAUACCUGGCAUGGUCAGAGUCAGACAUAGGCAUGUCAAACUCUAACGCAAGGAUGGCAUAUGCCUCCUCAAUGCUAUACAACCUCUGUUACCUCUGUAACAUGAUUACAAUCACUUUAUUUAGUGAUCUGUCGCAAAAACAAAAUCCCUAAAAAAAAAAAUGAACCCCUAAAUGAUGAGGCAGGCUUGGGACACCCCCAGAAGCCCCAUGAUGCACUGGGGGGAUUAAUACAUUUAUUUUAUUUAUUUUUUAUUGAUUUUAUUUAAGUCUUCACUGAGUGCCUCGACCCCUCUAGGCAUUCUGCACACAGGCAGAGAAUCGGAAGCCUGUCUGAUGGCUUCUGAUGCUCUGCUUCACUUCCGGGCGCAAAAUGGGGCAGCCAGGAAGUGAUCAAGGCAUUGCUGCAAUACCCUCAGAGGGGCUGGAAGUGAUCAUGAUUGCUUCCAGCGCUCAUAUUUUGACAUGGACGUACUAGGUCCUUAAGGACCAUUUUUUGUCGGACCUAGUACAUCUGUGAUCUUUAAGGGGUUAAAUUUGUUCUAACCGUAUUUUGAUAUUAAUAUACAUAUAUAUUUAAAUCAAAAUACAUUUAGAAUUAAGUUAUAAUUACAUAUCUGUAUCUAUAUCUAUACAUAUAUCUAUAUAGCUAUGUAUAAAUAAAAAUUAUAAUAUUUUUACAUAAUUAAGUAAUUUUAUUAAUUACAAUAUGAGGGACCUGCCUGACAACCCAGGCACAAAGUCCAGAGAAUUUCAUUUGCAUGCCUUACAUUUAACCCUGUAACUUUCCAGGACACGAUAAAACCUGUACAUGGGGGUACUGUUUUACUCACCAGACUUCGCUGAACACAAAUAUUAAUGUUUCAAAACAGUAAAACAUAUGACAUUGAUGUUAUCAUCAGUGAAUUUUUUCACAUACAAACGUUUCACUGAUGAUCUAAUUGUUGUAACACGUUUUACUGUUUUGAAACUCUAAUAUUUGUGUUCACCGAAGUCUCCAGAGUACCAGUUUUUUAUGUGAUUUCUAAAGUUACAUAGUCAAAUAUAAGGCUUGCAUUUCCUUUUUUUCACAUUGAAAUUCACCAGAUUGUUACGUUGCCUUUGAGACUGUAUGGUAGCCCAGGAAUGAGAAUUACCCUCAUGAUGGCAUACCAUUUGCAAAAGUAGACAACCCAAAAAAUCUAUACAAGAGGGGGGGUACUUUUGUACUCGGGAGACAUCGCUGAAUACAAAUUUGUGUACUCUAUAUCAGUAACAGCUAACAGUAUUAUGACAUUCACAGUUGAACUGCCAUGCAGAUAUAUAUAUAUUUUUUUUAAAGCUUAAUUUCUCACAAUUUUUUUUAUUUUUUUUCAUAUUAACUUAUGUUUAAUAUAUAUAAAUAUAUAUAUAUAUAUAUAUAUUUUAUAUAUAUAUGUAUAUAGUGAUGUGAAAUGAAAGCCCCAUUUACCCUGAAAUGAUAUAUAAUAAGUGUUGGUGCAUUUAAUAUGAAAGAGUGAAAGAGGUGAAUUACGGUUGAACAACAUGCGCAAAUUCCAGGUUUUGUUUACGUUUUGUUUUGCUCUAAACUUGUACACCUGCCUCAGUCCUUAAGGGGUUAAAAUCAUGGAGCAACAUCCUAUAUUUGUCUACUAAUUAAAGGAUGGACAUUGUGAGCUGUUUCUGCAGGCUCUCGUUUUGUCUCUAGCCUUCAACCCUUACAUUCAUCAGUGAGCCUUGGGCACCCAAGACCCUGAUGCUGUUUCACAGGUUGUUCUUCCUUGCAGCACUUUUGGUAUAUACUAUCCACUGCAUACCAGGAACACCCCACAAGACUUGCCAAUUUACAGGUGCUCUUAUCCAGUAAUCUAGCCAUCAAUAUCUGGCUCUUGUAAAACUUACGCAGAUCUUUUCACAAGCUUUUUUUCCUGCUUCAAACACAUGACAUUCAAGAACUGACAGUUCACCUUCUGCCUAAUAUAUUCAAUCCUUUGUCAGGUGCCAUUGUUUUGAUAUAAUCAAUGUUAUUCACUUCACCUGUCAGUGGUUUUAAUGUUGUGGCCAGGGGCGUACCUAGGGCAUGUGGCACCCGGGGCGGGUCCUGGGUUUGGCAUCCCCCCUCCCAACACCUCUUCUACAAAAAAAAUCUACUAAAUUUUAAAAAUGUGUUAUAUUUUUCCCUGGCCUGAAGUCCUUACCUGGCUGGAGGUGGAGGUGCAGGGAUUUCUUCUUGCUGCACCUCCAUGUGCAGCAGUAACAGCAGCUUGUAAGGGCUGUGUUAAGCCCUGCCCCUGCUCGCGGUUAUGCUCUGCCCCUAAUCGGCCGUAGCUGUGCCCCUUCUUCCUCCCGUGUGGUCAGUUCAUCUUGCUAGUCUCUGUGUGAGCUGUGCGACACCCCAGCUGCCAUGGGGCGCAGCUCGCACAGCCCCCUCCAACCCCAAGACCAGGGUCAAGACACCCCCCUGCCAGGUGGCACCCGGGACGGACCGCCUCCUGUUCCUGGUUUGAAAUAAAUUCAGAUUCUGUAAAAAUAAUUUCUCAAGUUAUCACACAAUUUAUUUGCAGACCAUUGAUCAUUUGUUUCAAAUAAAUAGUCUGCUAUUUCCUCACUUUAAAUAAAAAUAGCUUUCUACUUAUACAUUUCCAUUCAAAUUAAAUUUGCUACAAUUUGGAGUUUAGUGAAUAAUUAUUUUUUUUCACUUUUUUUAAAUGAGAUAAGGACACUUUUAUCCAUAGAUGUUAUUAUAUGCAAAAAUGUAAAAAAAAGGCCCUAUGAAAUGUUGUUACAGACCCAAAGAAUAAUUUAAACGGUUUUCUUUUUUGUUUUUUGUGUGUAGGUGAACAUGGAAAUGAACCAAACAAUGGUGACAGAAUUCCUCCUUUUGGGAUUUCAGAACCCUCCAAUUGUUAACACUAUAUUAUUUAUUUUUUUCCUUUUAAUUUACUUUUUGACAUUAGCUUUAAAUUUUCUGAUAAUUUCAUUGGUGAUAACAGUUCCAAUUCUGAAAUCUCCUAUGUAUUUCUUCCUUAGUCACUUAUCAACAUCUGACAUCUUGGUCACUACCAAUAUAACUCCUAAUAUGCUCCAUGUUAUUUUACAUUUAGAAAGCACAAUAUCUCUUACUGGCUGCAUUAUACAGUUUAAUUUUAACUGUCUAUCAACUACCUCAGAGUGCCUUUUCCUUACGGUGAUGUCCUACGACCGAUAUCUAGCUAUAUGCAAACCAUUACAUUACAUGUCCAUCAUGGAUAACAGGCUUUGUCUCCAUUUGGCCAUUUGGUCUUGGAUUUUUUCAUAUACUGUGUCGUUACUCUUUGCAUUUCUAAUACAUCAAUUAGUGUUCUGUGGACCUCACGUAAUUGACCAUUAUUUCUGUGAUUUUCUUCCUCUUCUGGAAUUAUCCUGUUCCGAUACAACCAUUGUAAAAAUGACAGAUAUUGUAUUAUCGUUACCACUUGUAAUUCUUCCCUUGUCUUUCAUCUUUUACACAUAUAUCUCUAUUUUCAUAACAAUCUCCAGAAUUUCCACCAGCUGUGGAAAACUUAAAUCUUUCUCCACUUGUAGCUCUCACUUGAUUGUAGUGAGUACAUAUUAUGGGGUUCUUAUA